AUGCCAACCUCAGCCCAUGGCAGAGCACCAGAGGCUGUGAGCAGGCAACCGGACCCGGCUGCUGCUCUGGCCCUUGCUAAUGAGGAUCAACUUCUUAUGUUCAACUGGUCUUGUUUAUAUGACACUAGUCAAGUUCAAGUGGCCCCUUGGGUGUAUCCUUCCUACCCAACACUCACUGGUGGGGCACCAGGUGGGAGCUGGUCAGGGGCUAGAGCUGAGCUUGCUCCCAGCCCAAAACCCAUUCUUGGCGCCACAUUGGAUGGUCUCAAUUACUGGUGCUGGACCAUGCAUUCAUGGAUGACCCAGGAUGUCCACCAGCGUAAAACAUGCUAUUUCUAUGAAUUAUUGCCCAAGCUGGAAGAUCUGGUCUCUUUCUAUGUCAUGGCUAGAAUCAAUGGCAGUGACAAAGACCUAGAGCCAGAGCCUUGGUUCUGGGUCUCAAGGAACUUGAGGAAGUCUCCAGCAUAUAUGGAGAUCAUCAAGCACUUUGUCCAUGUUUUCUCAACUGUGCUUGCGAAUGGCAAAGUGUGUGAGUACAACAAGUACAUGAAGUCCAAGGAGGACAUCCAGGCUGGCCUUGCAUGGGUGUCCAAACAUGACCUUGGUGUGGAUGUGAAUCUUGAACCUGAUAUCAAGAGGUCCAUGAGAGAGGCCCUUGACAAGGUUGAGGAGAUGACCAAGGCCCACUUCAAGGCCACAACUGGCUCUAGCACUCAUCCUCCUGCAGGGGCACCCCUCAUUGUCAAGCAAGAGCCAAGGGAGCACAAUGCAGAGCUCAAGACUGUCCUGGCCUUGACAGACCCAGGCAAGGGCAAGGGCCACGAGACUAGAGAUAGCAAUGUUGACAUGCUCUGGGGCGAGGUUGACGCCAACAACCCGAGGCAGCAUCCCUACCACCCAGACCCUGUCCACCUAGCUGCUGAGCUGCACAAGCUCUCCCACCAGGGGUUGCGCAAGUACAAGCACCCACCUCCCAACAUGGUUCCCGCCAAUUUGCCUGGCACUAUGCAGAUCUAUCUUCAGGAGUACAACAAGACAAUCUUGGAGCAGGUCGCCUGCCAUGCCAAGCAUGAGCUCAAGCUCAUCCGGGCUUAUGACAGCCCUGUGCAUUGGGAUGACCUUGUCACCAACCUUGUUGGGGGGGAUUGGUCUGACAGCCUGCUCCAGUUGAUGUACAAAAUUUGCUGCAUUUGA